GGUGUGAUCUUGGUCUAUGACAUCACCAACCGAUGGUCCUUCGAUGGUAUUGACAGAUGGAUAAAGGAGAUAGAUGAGGUAAGAGACAUCGAUCAAUCGCUCCCUAUUCCCCAAAGGGUUCUGGUCAAAAGUAGUGCACUUUAAAGGGAAUAUAGUGCCAUUUGGGACGCAGACCACAUCACUGAAUCGCUCUAUGAUGUAAGACACGUUGCUCAAUAUCUGCUUGUGAGAAUGACUAAACCUUCUCAGAACUCCAACCCACGCCUCUCGUCUCUGCUCCAAAACAACUCACCCACACUCAUAAACUAACCACACACUGAGUUGGACUUCCAAGAUAGCUCAUGUUAUGUGAAUAAUAUUAUUCAACUUCAGUGAAAAUAAAAUAUGCUAGGAUACUCAACGAUUGAUUCUUGAAAAGCUUUUUGCCCCCCUUUGUAUUGCCACGUUAUGUUACUGAAUACAGGGAGGAACACUAUGCAACACACACGCCCUUAUCCAUCCUGGUGUACUAACAGAAUCUGUACCUCACCACUUCUUGUUUCCCUUCCUGUCUACCCAGCAUGCGCCAGGAGUGCCCAAGAUCCUAGUGGGUAACCGGUUACACCUGGCCUACAAGCGUCAGGUGACCACGGAGCAGGCCCAGCUGUACGCUGAGAGGUUAGGGGUCACCUUCUUCGAGGUCAGCCCGCUGUGCAACUUCAACAUCACAGAGUCCUUCACAGAGCUGGCCAGGAUAGUCCUGAUGAGGCACGGUAUGGAGAGACUUUGGAGACCCAACAAAGGUGAGGCAGUGAACACUGAGCCUAGAGCAGCUUAUUCUCUCUCGCUCUCUCUGUCUCUCUCUCUGUCGCUCUCUCUGUCUCUGUCUCUGUUUAACACAAUAGUGCCCUCUCGUGGUGUAUUAUUGCUAUUUGUGAAAUAUUAAAUAUUCUCUCUCUCUCUCUCUCUCUCUCUCUCUCUCUCUCUCUCUCUCUCUCUCUCUCUCUCUCUCUCUCUCUCCUCUCUCUCUCUCUCUCUCUCUCUCUCUCUCUCUCUCUCUCUCUCUCUCUCUCUCCUUCUCUCUCUCCUUUCUCUCUCUUUCUUAGUGUUGAGUCUCCAGGACCUGUGCUGUCGUUCCAUCGUGUCCUGCACCCCUGUCCACCUGGUUGACAAGCUUCCUCUCCCCCUGGCCCUCAAGUCCCACCUCAAGUCUUUCUCCAUGGCCAACGGCCUCAAUGCCCGCAUGAUGCACGGAAGCUCCUACUCCGUCACUGCCGUCAACACCACCCACAUCGCCACCAAGAGGACCGGAGGCCAGCUGCUCAAAAAUAAAAAAUGUAUCCGCCCUCCGCAGCUCAGCCCGGCGGCCGCACAGAGCUGCACCGGCAACAGCUGCAAGAUCUCCUAG